AUGUUAUGGUAUUUUAUCAAUGAAGAAGAAUUUUUUUUUGAAUUACGUUGCCAACUGUUGCACGAAUCUGAGUGUUUUAAGAAAAGUUUACAAAUAUUUGAUUUUUCUUAUUUCAAAACAGACUUCUUUAAGCUUUUCGAAUCAGAGAGUGAUGGACAUCAGAGGGAGGAAACUCUUGAUUGCUUUUGUUUAGUUGAAGUACAUCAAACAAAGCCAAACCGCAGUGACAUUGAUAUGUAUUCGAAAAACAAAUGA